CCACUCGUGAUUUAAAUUACAUUUCAAUUUUAAAUUUCGAUAGACAAACUACAAAAUAUAUUGUGUACUCAAUAAAAUUGAUAGCGCUUAUCACUAGUUAAGCCGCUACCCCCUUUCAAUUGCACGAUUGAUAAUCAUUCAUUCAGUUGUGGUUGCUUCUUAUGGAGCCACAAAAUUGACUGCGUGGCUGUAAAGUGCGUUUGUAUGCGUGUGCGUUUCUCGCUCUGUGUGGGUGUGUGUGCGUGUCUUUAAUCGACAGUAUUCAGUGGCAAUAUGUUUACCUACGGCUGUUUGGCUAUCCUGCUUUUAGUGGCAUCAACAUCUGUGAAAGCCGAUGAUAAUGAGUCCUGUUACUCAUUCGCUGGUGGCUCAGUUUAUCCCGCUGGCGAGCCCAAGGGUGAUCAUCAAUUGCAGUACACUAAGGCCGUCAUUUCCAAGCCCGCGCCACAGUUCGAGGCCACCGCUGUGGUCAACAAAGAGAUUGUGCAGCUCUCGCUGUCCCAGUAUCUGGGAAAAUAUGUUGUCCUACUCUUCUACCCACUGGAUUUCACAUUUGUUUGUCCCACGGAAAUAAUCGCCUUUUCGGAUCGCAUCGCUGAAUUCCGCAAAAUCAAUACGGAAGUGAUUGCUGCAAGCGUUGACUCGCACUUCACACAUCUGGCAUGGAUAAACACGCCGCGCAAGGAGGGCGGCUUGGGUAAUGUGAAGAUUCCCCUUCUGUCCGAUUUGACGCAUAAGAUAAGCAAGGACUAUGGUGUGUAUCUCGAAGAAGUUGGUCAUACGCUGCGCGGCCUCUUCAUCAUUGACCAGCGCGGCGUCUUACGCCAAAUCACAAUGAACGAUCUACCUGUUGGCCGAUCUGUGGACGAGACGAUACGUCUCGUACAGGCCUUCCAGUACACCGAUACACAUGGCGAGGUCUGCCCAGCCGGCUGGAAACCAGGCGCUGAUACGAUUGUACCCAAUCCGGAGGAGAAAACAAAGUACUUUGCAAAGAACAACUAGGCAUUGUCCACUUUGCCUGCCUGCACAACCCACCAAGAUUGGCUAGCAAACAUAUUUAAAUUUAAAUGACUGAAAGAUAAAUAAAAUGAUUGUACACAUUUUCCUU